AUGCCUCGCUUCCUCUGCUGUCUUCCGCUCAGUGUCGGAGUAUGGCUGUUUAGCCUGUUGUUCUUCGCCUGGGGCACUGUUUUGACCGUCAUUGGAUGGUACGGUGUUGCUCAAUACGAGCGAACUGACCUGGCCCUCACGCGUCGGCAAUUGGUCUCGUUGAUCAUCACGACUUCAUCGUGGACACUCCUGCCGCUCAUCACGUUGUUCGGAAUGGGUGCUGCUCUGGCCCGAAGCCCUCGUGCGCUGAAGGCAUACUCGACCGCUCUUUGGUUCCAGUUCGGCUUCAGUGUCGGUGCCGGGGCGUACUUCUUGUACAACCUGUACCGUCGCAACGAUGGCAACUUCGUCACGAACUGUACCUCGCGCAAUAUCGCGGACCAGGAUACCUGUCAACAGGCGUUCAACGUCCUACGCGGAGUUAUUGUAGCGGUCUACAUUGUCAUCUGGCUCAUUGAGAUCUGGGGUGGCGUUACCAUCACACAAUACGCAACAGAGCGCUUUGAGGGCUCCGGCUUCCAGUUCACCAACGCACCGCCCGCACAGGCACCCGGUCCUGUCGUCCUCGACCCUGUCAUGAUGCCGCCUCCCGAGCCGCCCAUCCUCGGUCCUGCGCCUCCUGGCCGCUUUGCACCCAACGCCUCCGGGCGCUUCACACCGCCCGGCGGCCAGCCCCAGCCUGCAUUCGUACCGACUGCUGGUGGUGUCACUUUGCCACCCGUCAUCCCCAUCAACGAGACGGGACCGCAGGCUCCGUACGCGUUUGCGAUGCCGCAGAAUGCACAUGGCGCGGCGAACCAGGUGUAG